AUGUGGACACUAUCUGAACUACGCAGAGAAGCAGAGGAGAAGGUCCGCAGCAAAAGCCACACACAGGGCUCUAAACUGUGCGAGAGGUGUGUAGUGGAUAUAACAAAUCGAUGCAUCUCAGUUGUGCAGAGUGUUCCUGGGGUCCGGCUACAGGCCCCGACUGGAAACGACGUGGCCAAGGAACACCACAUGAUCCCGAGCCAGGUGACACUUCUGGGGAUUGAGCUUGAGACCCGCUGCCUGGAUACGAGAAAACACCUCCCGCAGGACAACAGGCGAGGCCCAGGGGCUGCAGCUCUCCUCUAUUACCCCAUCAACCAACAGGGCUUUCACCUGGCGGUCAAUCACCUCCCUCUUCUCAGGGGAAGUGCGAUAAGCACGUUGUCUCUGAGUAGUGCUUUCAACUGCGUGACCACUCUCUCCGCUGAAAAAUGUGCAGAAACUCUGGAAACAGCGAUGCCGGCACCACAACUUGAUGCUGGGGUUCCCCCACAGGAGAGGGAUAAACUGUCCGGCAAAGAAGCUCCCCCACCAGGGAAAGCCUGGGGAACUCCGCCCACAAUUUCCGCAGCCACUGCGAGCCACGCAACUGCCCCCUCGGUGGACGAGAACCCCCAGCCCUGA